GUCCAGCCAAAACAUCCAGACUUUCCAAAGCAAGGACCAACCAGCCAACACAGAAUGCAUCACGACCCUGGUUACCGCAAAACUACAAAGACCAUUGCUGCCCUUCUGGAAGAUCCCUUUUUCUCUUCCCCCAUCGACACGUACGACACACCCGACACACACCACUCGACAUCUGCCAUCUGAGCCAAAGCCUCGCUCCUGGUCAACAUUCUUGUCAUAUCCCGAGUUGUCUCUAGACGAAUCCACAUCUCACCAUGGCUCUCGGCGGUGCCAUCCUCCGCUUCAGCCAAAUCGGCGUCCGUGGUCUGCAGUUCUGCUGUGCCGCCAUUAUUCUAGGCAUUUACUCCUACUUUCUCGCCGUCCUAACCAACCAUGAUAUCAACAUUCCCACCUGGGAGAAGGCUGUCACGGGCAUGUCAGGCUCCGCGGUUCUUUACACCAUCUUCGGAUUCCUCUUCACCCUUUGCCUUGGCGGCAUCGCCUUCCUUUCCUACAUUGCCAUCUUCCUCGACAUCUGCUUCAUCGGCUGCUUUGCUGCCAUUGCCUACUAUACCAGACACGGCGCCAACUCCUGCCAGGGUAUUGUCAACACUCCCAUUGGCACCGGCCUUAGCAACGAAGAAGCCCCUGGUGCAGGUGACUGGGGUUAUGUCUGCAGUCUGAACACCGCAUGCUUCGCUGUUUCCAUCCUCGGCAUCUUCCUCUUCAUCGCCAGUGCCGGUCUUCAAUUCUUGCUGGCUCGUCGUCACAAGAAGGACAAGGCUUUCGGCCCAUCUCCCAACAACGAUUACACUGCUGGACCUGGUCGCCGACCAUUCUGGAAGCGCAGCCGCAAGGUUCAAGAUACACGUGACGCAGAGGCUGCCACUGCACAUGCCGGCCACCAUCAUACUCUAGGCCGACACAGUCACGAAACUGGUAUGACCGGCUCGACGAUGCACGGCGGAAAUGUCCCUCUUACCAGCGAGCCCAAGUACGGCCAACCUGGGUAUGGUAUGGAGGGCUACAGCGCUCCUACAGGUGUAGCACGAUAAUCGUCACGUGUUGUUCUUGGCUCUCACACUCUGGGCCCCCAAUGAGACAAAAACAAAACUCGUCAUACCAAAGCUGCAUCAAUGUAUUGCACAAACAGAUAUCGACAGUCAAGACCAGGAUGUUUGGCUUGUACCAACAUUACCACGAUUUCCAUUGCGUCUAUCGGUCUUGUGAGCGCGGCGCAACAGUAACAGGAAUGAGUUAUAUGACAGUACGCUAGAAAGGUCGCUUAUCAGCACCAUUUCAUACUUAAUGUUAAUUAUUGAAAUAUUGAA